AUGAAUCCGUAUAAUUAUCAUGGCACCGAUGGCAGUCAUAAUCCAGAAAAUGACCGGGACAUCCACGACGGAAUGGAGCCCCCAAAUUCCACGCCCUCACGCCCGCCGGUGGCCUCGCAUCUGACCCAGAUGGCCCCGUGCCUAGCCUCGGCCACCCAGUCGCAUCUGCCUUAUGACCUUUACUAUACCUCUGUCGGUCAACAGAAUGGGUUGCACCACGGCUUCAACGGUCCAGGGCAGGCCCAUGGCAUGAUUCAUGCGGAGAUGCCUCAGUCCCUAUCCGCACAGCAGGCGCUGUGGAGGAACCACAACGCCCAGUGGGUCGGCCGAUCUCAACAAGCCGCGACUCCCUUCCUCUCCAUGGCUCCUUCUAUACCCGCAAACGCCUAUGCCCAGACCUCUAUGCCGACCAUGGGACCCAUGACCGCCGCCAUUGAUAGCGGCAACCACCCGCAGCCUUUACAGCAGAGGGGCAUGUCCCAGCCAUGGUCUCGUGCUCAGGAUGACUUGCUGCUGACUCUCAAGAUGGAAGGCAAGACUCACGCCGACGUCUGUUCUGCCCUUCAGAGGAGGUUCGGUGUUUUGAGAACGCCCAACGUGGUGGCCAAGAGGCUCACCAAGUUGCACAAUGAGGUCCUAAGUCGAGAAGAUGUGGGGAAAUGCCUUGAGAACGUUCUGGAGACGGCCCUCUCUAUGAUCAACGACGAGUUCUCCAACCGGCUUGGCCGCCAGAUCCUUCCAACCGCCGGAGACACGCAGAAGCUCAAGCGCACUAUCACGGGGUUUUACCAGAGGCAGCUGGUGCUGGCGGAGAGAAGCGCUGGUGAGGCGGGUGGCUCGGAGAUGGAGGCGAACGGCUUCGAAGUUGACUCAGUUGACUUUGAUUGUGGCAUCGGCUUCGGAUUUUAG